AUGGGAAGACGACACGCCGACAGCCGCCGCCAGCACGAGGCACGACGCGCCGGAAGCGGCAGCGACGAAAGACAGGGAAGCAGCAGCAUGACCGGGCACGCCGCAGACCGAAGCGGAAGCCGAGAGGGAAGCGAAGCAAGCAGACAGCCGCGGACGAAGCAGACCGAAGGGCCGAGCCGCCAAGCAGAGGACACGCAGACGAAAGGGACAGAGCAACACGCCGAAGCAAGCACAGAGGAAGACAGCACAGCAAAGCAACGGGCCGAACGCAGCCCCGACGAGGCGCCGCCGAGGGCCGCGCACGCACACGCCGCCAAGAAGAGGACGCCGAAGACCCGCAGGGACUCACGGAGCAGCCGGCCGAGGCACGCCGCGCCGCAAGACGGGCAGAAGCAGGGACAGGCCCGACAGACGACAAUGCUCCGAGGCUGCCGACGCCCGCUCGGCACGACACGCGUGCACCGCAGCCGCACCGAAGACACGAAGACCAGAUGCAAAAUCCGGGCCGACGCAGACAGACAGACCGACCGACGGAUGCACGCCGCAAGUAGGGCCGCAGAGAUCGACAGACGGGCAGCAAUGAAGGGACGCACAGGAGACGGACGGCGCACGACCUGCAAGCAAGAGACCGGCCGGGGACGCAAGACGGGCCUGAUGCCGGGAACCCGCAGGGACACACGCGCGCCGCGGGGCAGGCGCCCGACGGGCCGAGCAAGACAGGGCCGAAGGUACGAAAAGAACGAGGAAGAAGCCGCCAGACGGGCCCGCUUGGCGACCUGCCGCGGGCCGCAAGCCUCAGACGCGGAAGCCGCAGGGCGCCACAGCAGCCGUAAGCCGACCAUAAGGGAAGGGGCCGCAGCCGGGGAAGGGCACCGCGAACGCACGGGCCGAAGAGACACAGCCGGCGGCGCACGCACAGAACGCAGCGGACGCAGCAGACCGAAGCGGAGAAGACGCCCGCGGGAGCCGCCGCCAAGCAGGGCCGCAGCCGCAAGCAGGGCCAGCCGCCGCGCGCAGCAGGCAGACCGAAGGAGACAGGGACGCAAGCGGGACAGCCCAGCCGUCGCCGCCCGCAGCGGCCGCCGCACGCCAGCACGGCGCAGGGGGAGGAGAAGCAGCAACGCACGCCCAGCCGGGCCGGAGCCGACGCCGGAAGCCGCCGCCCGGUAG